GCUGCCUCAGUUGGCAACUUGGCGCUCCCUUUGUCUCUUCUUCUUCUCCCUCCUCCGCCCCUUCUUCCACCUCAACCUCAUCAGGAUAAGGUAGCCAGUGGUACGGCACGCUUCCAGAAGCUCCCGCCGGGCCCAACCCCGCCGCCAGCGCCCGGUCCUUGAGAGGCUGCAUGCAUGAGUAGUCGCGCUGCCGCCGCCGCCGCCGCCGCAGAGGAGCCAUGGGGAUGGUUACCGCUGCCGCCCUUCUCGCCUCAUCGCCGCAGACGCCGCUCGUCCGCGGGUAUCUCCCCGGCCUGCCGAGGCUGCGCCUGAGGCCCGCCUCCCCCUGCGUCAGCGCGCUCAGGUCAAACAAUUUUGUUCAAAGGUGUUACAUAGCAAAUGUUGAGGUUGAUGUUAGCAAUGUAAAUAAGGAAGAGGAGGCUUUCGAUGAUCAUCCAUCAUUACCGCCAGGCUGUUCUAUUCCAGUUGUCAAUAUCCUAGGAGAUGUUCUAGAUUCUAGUCCAUUUCCACCAAAUGAUAGUGCUCAGCACCAUGCCGAUUUUGAGGAGCUGCCGGUCUUAUCUGAAGGAGAGCAACAAACAUUGGCCGCCACUCCAGCUCACCCUGCUGGACUAUAUGCUCUCUAUGCUAGCUAUUUGUUUGGUAACCUUGUGGAACAGCUCUGGAAUUUUGCUUGGCCUGCUGCCCUGGCAAUUCUUCAUCCAAGCCUAUUGCCUGUGGCUGUUGUUGGUUUCUUCGGAAAGCUCUCAGUAUUUCUCGGGGCUCCAAUAGUUGGCAAACUUAUGGAUCAUUUCCCGCGAAUACCCAUGUACACAGGAUUGAAUGCUGUCCAGGUGGCCACUCAGUUAAUAUCAGCUGCAAUGGUCAUAUAUGCUCUCAAGAACGCGGGCCGUACUUCUACAUCAGCUUUGCUUCUCAGGCCUUGGUUCAUUGUGCUAGUGAUAGCCGGAGCUAUUGAAAGGCUUGCAGGAUUGGCACUAGGAGUUUCCAUGGAGAGGGACUGGGUUGUGCUGUUAGCAGGAACAAACAGGCCUGUUGCAUUAGCUCAAGCUAAUGCCAUGCUUAAUCGACUUGAUCUUCUUUGUGAGACCGUUGGUGCUUCAGUUUUUGGCCUUCUGCUCACCAAAUACGACAUAGUAACCUGUUUGAAGAUUUCCUCUGCUCUAAUGAUAUGCAGUUUUCCCAUUCUGGUUAUGUUGGGUCAAUUAAUUAACAGCGUCUCUUGUCAUGCGCUUGAUUCCUCGAGAACCCCCAGUGAUGAAUCUAUUUGUGCUGAUCUAUUGGAUGUCCGCAAGAUAGUUCAAAAUGGCUUAAGUUCUAUCAAGCAUGGCUGGAAUGAGUAUAAGCAGCAGACAGUUCUACCUGCAAGUGUUGCUACCGUGUUUCUAAAUUUCAACGUAGCACUUGCUCCUGGCGCGAUAAUGACUGCAUUGUUGAUGCAUCGGGGUAUUAGUCCAUCUAUCGUCGGUGCUUUUAGUGGAUUGUGUUCUGUUAUGGGUCUUGUUGCAACAUUCAUCUCCUCAAGCCUGGUGAAAAGAGUUGGAAUUCUAAAGGCGGGAGCAGCUGGAUUGAUAUUUCAAGCUUCACUCUUGUCAAUUGCUCUCACAGUGUAUUGGGCUGGACCCAUCUCACAGAGAACACCUCUGCUUAUCUUCCUUGCUUCCAUUGCAUUAUCUCGGUUGGGGCACAUGUCUUAUGAUGUUGUGGGGACACAGAUCAUCCAAACAGGAGUUCCUGCUUCAAAAGCAAACCUUAUUGGAGGAAUGGAGGUUUCAAUUGCAAGCCUUGCAGAGUUAGUCAUGCUUGCUAUGGCUAUAAUUGCCAAUGACGUCUCUCAUUUCGGCUUCCUGGCGAUCCUGUCUGUAUCGUCUGUUGCUGGGGCAGCGUGGAUGUUCUGUCGGUGGUUAGGAAAUCCAACAGAUGAACAGAGGGAACUUUUCAUUUUCGAUCCUCACUUCCAACUUCAAGCAACAUAAAAGCGGGAGCAGAGCAGUGGGCGACCGAGCGCCCAGUUGGCUUGCUGCCGCUUGUGCUCGGAGUCAUACAGCAUAUCCCAUCUCUUGUCUUGCAGAUAGAAGAUGCACCAACCAGACGCAUGCUUGGACCCGGAGUCGAAAUGGGACUUGCGCUGCAAUGAUCUGAAGAUGUUGUAGAGAGUUGCUGUUACAUCUUUGACUGAAUACAACACACACUUAGGAAUUAGACACAGAGACACCCAUUUGUUCGUUGUAGUCUGAGCCACCCAGCAGAACUCAACUUGUACAUCUCAUUUUCUUUUCUUUCUCUAUCUGCUGUAUAGACCUACUAUCAGUUACAUCGUUGCCUGUUCUUGCUGAGGUAGAACGAACGUGACUGUCGCUAGUUGUAAAUCAGUAAGGUUUCGUUCUUGGAUCUGAUACCUGCACUA